UCUGACAUGAGGGUUAUAGCUAACAGUGGAGAACAAGAGAAACAGAAGUACUGAAUUUUGGUGGCCCAGGGCACGCCGUAUCAGAUGCUUGAGGUGUUAUCCUCAGGUGGUAUUAAGUGGGUCUACACAAAGGCAUAAAGAGAUUUUGUAAAUAGUCAAUUGUCACAGGCUGCAAUUUUUUGCAUUUCAUUGCCGUUUGACUCCACUGUGUACACACCUCUUUAUUUUGAGGGUUGCCUUGUUCUGCUCACAAUCCUGUGUCUUUAACAACUGCAGUGACAGGGAAAGCUUUGCCUGCUGAGUUGCUUUUCACAACUUACCUAACCUUUCCCCAUUCUACUUUCUCAGGCUGCUGAUGGCGUCGAUGGAAGCCCUGUAUGCUGCUCUGCAAGAUCAGAUCCAGUCCUUUGAGGGACACAUAAGAAGCUGCCAGCAAGCUUUUGAAAUUGACACCCUUUACAAUGUGUUGCUGCUGCUGUCCCCUGAUGCAGAUAUCCAGAGCCUUGAGCAGCUGGAAAAGCUUGUUGAGUCCAGGGAGCAGGAUGGACAGGAUAGAGUGAGGAUCACAGCUGGCUGUGAUAAGUGUGACAUUGCCAGCUACAUCUCCUGGUUUGUCACCUAUGUGCGGUACCUGGGCUCCUUGAAAGGGUCAUUUGACACCAAGGUUGUGUUUCCAUUGUGUGAAAACCUAUACGUUAAUGAUGACUCGCUUGAUGCAUUGAACUUUGGACACAGGAGAGGACAUGGCCUUCGUGCCCCAGCAUCCGUUGCACGCACAGCCAAGCAGUUGUUCUCUGUCAGGAGGAAAUGGGCUUUGCUCCUGAAAGGGGACACAAUUGAUGCACAGUUUUUCAGCCCCCAAAGCUGGCUUGAUGUGCAGGGCUUUGGCAGCGCCUGUCCCUUUGGGAAGGUCUUGAGGUUGGUUCCUGACCUCUUUCACAAGGGCUUGGCUACUGCCAAGCUUGCCAGGCUGUGGGUGGAGCGCCAUGCCAGCAACCAUGGCACCCGCCCAGUGCCCUCAGAUCUAGGCUCAACCGAGAGAGGCAAAGGACUGGCUGCGGACAGCUUGGAACACCAUGGAUACAACAGCUCCGUUUGCCAGCCUGGGCUACCCCAAGCCCAACAUGAUUGCUUGGAGGUUUGGCCGCCGCCGCAAGCCACCAGCAGCAGGUGCAGCAAUGAGAGGGGCAGCUCCAUGAGAAGUGCCAGCCAGGGAAGGAACGAGCUGCACGAGAUCCAUGGGGAACUCAUGUCCCUGUGGCGGGAGGAACGUUCUCUGAGCUUGGAAGCAGAGAUUCAGGAAGUAAACCAGAGCAUUUCCAACCUGCGGCAUCACCGAAUGGCUAAGGAAAGGGAACUGGAAGCCCUUGAGCAGCAACUGGAGAAAGACCAUUUGAGUGUGCCCUGCCCACAGCGCCAGGCUGUUCUCUGUGAGCUGGAUGCCUUGGGGAGGCAGCUGAGGCUGGAAGAAUACCGCAAGAGCAUCCUGCAAGGUGACUGGCUGCUAGAGUUGGAGGUCAGGCCAGUCCUUAUGCGACCAAUAAAUACACUGCAGGAACGCUUCCAGGGGCUUGCACAGCUAUUGCAGGGUAGGGAAGAGGUUCCCCUGGAUCUUCAGCUCGCCAAUGAAACAUAGACUCUCCCUUCUGCUUGGUUGCCUGCCUCUCAGAUGAAGGUCAACUUGCUUCUGGGUGCAUCACUUAAUAUAUACCACCUCAAGCCUAGCUUCCGUUAGGUUGAUCGCUGCAAUGUAUUUUACUUUGGGCUGCCAUUCAUGACUAUCCAGAAGCUCCAUUCAGUGUGAGACACAGUGAUCCAUCUCCUGUCACAGGGAGCAUUUUAAACCACUGUUCCAGUAUUGGUAACGGCUUUCUGUGAUCCUCUGGGUGCAAUUUGGGGUGUUAGUUUUAACCUGUAAAGUUCUAAAUGACUUGGGGCUAACAUACCUAAAGGUUGCACAACAAUUAUGGAACUCUGUCUUAUUGUAAAGUCAGUGAAACCAAAGCUUGAACAGUUAUUUGGAAGCAUUGUGAAGCCUUUUUGAAUGAGGUAGCUUGGGGAGGCAUGAUUUAAGCUGGUAGAGCAAGGGUGGGAAAUCUGCAGCCCUCCAGAAGACUCCAACACCCAUCAUUACUAACCAUUGGGUAUGGGAGUCAGAGUUGGGAAUCCAACAACGUGUGGUAGAGAGUUUGGAUUUUUAACUUCUUCUUUUUUACACUUCAGUUGGUGUUCUAGUUUGGGAUGGGGUAGAUUAUAUAUAUUGAUUGCUAAAUAAAACAAUUUGGCAUGGUG